UUUUAUCAUUUGCCCACAACCACAUUCUCUCUCCUCUCUCUUCUCUUUCUCAAUCAUAGAAGAUAGAGCCUCAUCUCUCUCUCACACACACAAACACACAUAGAGAUUACAGAAACUACCACCAAAACUGCACACACUCUCAAGUCCCAAUUCUGAAGUACAGUUGACGCUGAUGAUUACGCUGCUGUUUAUACAUAAACUAAUCAUAAGCAGAGAAGAAGAAGAGAGAUGAUGAUGAUGGAGAAAGAAUGAAAAUCAAUUUCUAAAGCCAGCACUAACUCUCAUAUGAAAACUGUUUGAGUUUUCUUUCUUAUCUUUCCAGUUGUACAUUCAGUUCUGAUUCAUAUGCUUAUGUCUUCAUGUAAUUAUAUUCACGUUAUUCAUACAAUUAAGCAAUUGUUCAAUAGAUAAUAUAUAUCAAAAUCUUCAUUUCAUUGAUUCUGCCAAGAUGCAAGGAACUGGAGGAAAUGGAGGAGGAGAAGGAGAGAAUCAAUUGAAUUCUGUUGUAACUGAUCCGAGGCAACAGUUACAGCAGUUGAAAUUGGGAGAUCCGUCAUUACAAGUGGAAGAAGAAGCUUCUCCUAUAAGCAGCAGACCACCGGCAAUGGCGGUACCUCAUUCUACUUCUUCUUCUGCUGCGGCUGGAUUACUAUUCGAAGAUGAAUUAUUGUUAUCAGGUGAAAGAGGUAGAAUUGAGAUGUCUGGAGGAGGUAACCGUUGGCCUCGUCAAGAAACCGUCGCGCUUCUUAAGAUCAGAUCGGAAAUGGAUACGACCUUUCGAGAUGCUAAUCCUAAAGGUCCUCUUUGGGAAGAAAUCUCCAGGAAGCUAGGAGAAUUGGGAUUCAAGAGGAGUGCCAAAAAAUGCAAAGAGAAAUUCGAGAAUGUUCACAAGUAUUACAAACGAACUAAAGAAGGUCGAGCCGGUCGUCAGGACGGUAAAAGCUAUAAAUUCUUCACCGAACUCGAAGCCCUCGCCGCCGCCACUUCAUCCUCCUCCAUGCAGCCGCCACAAUUACCACCGCCGGCUACGAUUUCCGCCGGAACUGGGUUUCCAAGUCCUGCACCUAUAUCUUCCAGCAUUAGAUUUCAGCCGAAUCUAAUGUUCUCCAUCACCCCUCCGCCGAUUUCCGCCGCACCACCAACCUCAAUUACAGGAAAGGCGGCAGCAACCCAUGUCGGUAUUAGCUUCUCUUCCGAUACUAACUCUUCGUUUGCUUCUGAUUCUUCUGAUAAUCAUGAACGGAAACGUAAGAGGACUUCAUCGUUGUCACCUCCGAUGAUGAAUAGUGCUGGUAAUGAGAGAAUGGUGGAGUUCUUCGAGAAGUUAAUGAAUCAAGUUUUACAGAAACAGGAAACAAUGCAGCAGAGAUUUCUAGAAGCAAUUGAGAGAAGAGAACACGAUAGAAUGAUUAGAGAAGAAGCUUGGAAAAGACAAGAAAUCAUUAGAUUAGCCAAAGAACAAGAUCUCAUAGCUCAAGAACGUGCCAUGUCUGCUUCAAGAGAUUCCGCCAUUAUCACAUUCCUUCAAAAGAUCACCGGCCAAACCAUCCAAUUACCCCCUCAUCCCACCAUUCCCACAAUUCCCACCAUUCCCGUUGUUCCUGUUCCUGUCUCCAUCCCUCCACCACCACCAUCGUCAUCAUUAUCUCCAAUUCAACCGACACCAAUAUUAUCAAGGGAACUGGUAAUGGCAACACCAGAGCACCGGCCACCACAUGAGAUGAGUACUGCUGAGCCGUCAUCAUCAAGAUGGCCUAAAGAGGAAAUUCUGGCGCUGAUAGAAAUGAGAAGUGGGCUUGAAUAUAGGUAUCAAGAAUCAGGACCAAAAGGGCCAUUAUGGGAAGAGAUUUCAGCAGGGAUGAAUAGAAUGGGGUAUAAGAGAAAUGCAAAGAGAUGCAAAGAGAAAUGGGAAAACAUUAACAAAUAUUACAAGAAAGUGAAAGAGAGUAAGAAGAAACGAUCAGAUGAUACUAAAACAUGUCCUUAUUACAAUCAAUUGGAUGAAUUGUAUAGGAAUAAAGUUCUUGGUGGAGUCAACAUCAUCAAUACUAAACCUGAAGAACAACAACCACAACAGGAGCAUGAAGGUGCCAGCGGGGGUGAUGAUGGUUUGACGGCAAAUCUCUUUGGAGAAGGGAGUCUUAAGAAACCAGAAGACAGUGUGAGGGGUGGUAUUCAAGAAUGCCAAAAUCAGCAAGAGCAGCAGUUUAUCAUUGGUGGUUAUGGCAAAAUGGACGAGGAUAAAAGCGACGAUAUGGAUCUAGACGAUGAAGAUGACGAAGAAGAAGAAGAUGACAUCAUGAACGAAGAGGAGAUGAAAAUGGCUUAUAAGAUAGAAUUCCAAGGACAAAAUACAAAAGCAUCAUCUAAUGGAGGAGGGAAUAAUGGGGCACCUUCCUUCUUGACCAUGGUUCAAUGAAACCAAACCCACUUUGAUAUUAUAAGGUAAGCUUUUUAUCAUGAGAAGAAGUUGCAAAAUUUAUUUAUUCAAUUUUAUAUAAUAUUGUUUAAAGAAGAAGAAUAAAGUGUCACUAUUUCCAAAAGAGGAAAUGGAAGGGCUUGAAGAUUUGACAUUGUUCACCAUUGCUUGAGAAAUUGUUCUUAAUUUCUAGCUAGUUAAUUAUUAGUUAGGUCUUAUUGUUUAAUUUGCACAAAUUUAAACAUCCAUUUUUUAAAUUUAUUUUUUUGGUUUGAAGCCUCAUUUUGUAUCUCUUUGUAUUAUGUGAUUUGUAAUUCUGAUAUUCAUUCUCAAACCUGACAUAUUUAUUUGUUUAUAUUACAUUAAUAUCUUUUUGUUGU